UGUUUAGAAAAUUUUGGAUUUGGAAAUAUAGAUGAAAUAAUAGACGAAUAUAAUGAACCAAAACGACAAUUAUUUGAAUUUAUUACGAAAUAUUGUAAAAAGAUUAGAUAUUUUGAAUCGGGAUUACCUGACGAUAAUAAUACUUACUUGUUCAUUAAAAAUAAUCAACAUAAUAUUAAUUAUCUUACUAUUGAAGCAGAUUUUCAUGAUCAUUAUGCUGUUUAUAAUGUGAGUUCA